AAGUAAUCUUGUCUAAAUGAUUACCAUGUUGCGUCGGAACGAUAUUUAACUUCAGUGUUUCUUCGAAGACAUCAGAAUGAAAAUGGAUUUGGUUCUUGAUCUUGAUAAUUUUGAUUCACAAGAGGCUGAGGGAUCGAGGUAUGUUCUUACAAGUCCACGAUCUCUGGAAGCUUGCGCAAGGAUGAGAAUUCGACCGGUUCAACUUCUACCGAAAACUAUCGAUGAAUUUGUGGAAGAAAACCCUGGAAAACCACUGCCUUUGUUGCAGGUGUUCCACGACAACCACGAAUUAAAAAGAAUUGAACUUCUCCAGAGGUGCAAAGAGAUUAGGCAAACUAUAAUCAUGGAAAACAAAGUGCAAAGUAAGAAGGAUAAUUCCUCAAAGAUUGGCAGUACGAAGAUAACGCCACGAAGUAAAACUUUACCGCGAAUGAAGUCAGAGAAAGCGUCUUCGAAAGAAACAUUAUCUCAAUCUAAAAGUGUUGGGAAUAAGUUUGACCACGAUGAAAAUAAUAAUCCAGAAGAGGUGAACAACACAUAUGAGGUCAUUCCAACGAUACCAAACACAUCACCAAGAAAUCCUAAGAAAUUACUGAAACAGUCGUUAACACCACAAAAGUUUGGUCAACGUCUGACUCCAAGACAAGGAGCAAAUUUUGUGAAGUCGAAAAGCAGAUCAGAGGCCAAUCUGGAAGAACCUUACAUGAUUUCCACACCAGUUGCAGCAAAACACAGCAGUUCAAGAAAAAGUUUGGAAAGAACCGGGAGAAGUAUGUUAGGAGAUUCUUCAUCACUGAGAUCCCGGUCUCUCUCAGAUCGACAUUGGCAGGAUAGAAAGCGAAGUCGAAGCUUAGACUACUCAAAAGUGAAACCUUUCAAGGGUGCAGAUAUGGAACUGGCAUCAUCAAUGAAAUUUGCAAGCUCGCAAUUCAUGAGCGGUUGUUCUACACCACAGAAACAGAAAGACCAAAAAAUCUUGGAAGUCAUGAAAGAUAAAAGGAAACAGCAGGAGAACGAGGCGAGAAAAAUUAGUGAAAAACAAAAAGAGUGGGUGGAUGAGAAGAGAAAAGAAGAGAGAAGAAAACUCCAAGACCAGCUUGAAAAAGAUCGAAGUCUUCGGCAAUCUCAUUUGGAGUGGGAGAAGAGAAUGAAAGAGAAAGAGGAUAGAAGAGUGAGAGAAAUAAAGAGGAAUGAGCAAGAGAAAUUAACGUUGAUUGAAGAAACAGAGAAACAAAUUGAAAGAAAGAGAAAGGAACAGGAAAGAAUCCAACGAGCAAUAAUAGAAGAAAGAAGGAAAUCUGAAUUGCUACGGAAACAACAGCAGGAAGCUGCAAAGCAUACUGUUGAGAAGGAAGUAAAGGCAUUCCAAGAAGCAACCGAGCGUGAGAUUGACACAAAGUUGGAUAAAGCGCAGAGAACGAAAUUAGAAAUGGAAAUGAAAGAGAUUAAUAAGCUGCAAUAUCUGAACAAAUCUCAGCGUGAAAAAUUUUUGAAACUCGAAAAUGAAUUAAAGAAAAGGAAAGAUGAAGAUGAGGAAAGACUAAAAACUGAAUUACAGAAAAGGAUGGAAAAGGCUGAAAUAUUAAGAACAAGAAAGAUUGAAGCGCGGGAACAAUCACUGAGAUUACAAGCCAAAGAAGAGGAUGAAAGAAUGCAAAGAACCAAGGAAAAGCAUGAAACACUGAAUAAGAAGAACGAUGAAUACUUGCAAUCUAUUGCUGAACACAAGAAAGAAUUAUUGAAGAAGGCAAACUCAACUCUGAUGCAAAAUAUUCAAACAAAAUCGAAACGAGCUCAACAAUUAAGAGAAGUUUCUCAGGAAGAACAGAAACGUCGACUAAAACAGAUUGAAGAAGAAGAGAAGAAAUAUUUAUCAGAGACUAAGGAUUUCCUCGAAGCCAAAGACUAUCGUUCCAAGACACACCAGCAAUUAAAAGAAGCCGCAAUACAACUAUCUCGGGCCAAUGCAAGGGCGGCAGAAGCUGCGAGGUCAGAGGUCAAACAAAAGGACGAUACUUUCUUACAAUCGCAUAAUCACGCUGCGUUAAUUUCAUCAAUCGGACGAGGCCCAAGAACUGGACUUGUAAACGCUUCUACUGUUAAACUCGGAUAGCUAUUUAUCCCAUAUGUGUUGGAAAAAAAUCCCUCCAUGGAAAUUUUCACUUUCUCCAUUUUUUCUUCAAAAAAUAGUUUUUCUGAAAAUUCAUCACUCGGAAAGCUUCGCUCAUGCCCAAAUUCUUUUACCCCCCCCAAAUGCCCCCCCCUCUCAGCAAGUUAACCGCAAGAAAUAUAUUUUUAAUAAAUAUGUUGAAAAUUGCACUCUGACAGAAUUCAACUCUAACCUCCAAUAAUAUCCGCAAGCAACUUCCCUUCAAACUCCAAACAAAUCUACGCUACUAAUUUCAUCAUUUGGACGAGGCUUAAGUACUGGAAUUGUAAACGCUUCUACAGUUAAACCUGAGUAAUUAGUGAUUCUAGAAGAGGCUUCCCCUUUCAAGUGCAGUCAGAAAGAUACUUCCCACAAACAAUUCCUUUGAAAAAUUUUCUCUGAAAUUAAACCGAUGAAAAUUCCUUCAUGUAAUAUUCAACCAGAAAAUGCACCAAGAAUUAGACUACUGUUAAAAUUGGCGCUUGAAAUUCUUCCCUCAAAAAUUUUCUCCAGAAAGAAUAGACUCUCUGGAAGUUUCUCUUUCGGAGAGUGUUACUCAAAGUUUCCUCCAACAAAAAUUCAUCUGUCCAAAAAAUAAUUUCUUUGGAAGUUCAUUUCACUCUUAGAAAGUUACAGCACAAAAAUUACACCGGAACAAUUCAAUCCUGACUCCCUUAUAAGAAACGCUUUUAAAUAUUCAACUCAGAAAAUUUUGCAACUCUUUUGAAAAUUGAAAAUUUCUUUCUGGAAAUAAUGCAAUCCCAACUCGUGCAUUAAGAAGAUUUUUGGGAGUGAUUUUCUGGGGGAAUUUACCUUGCACUGUUUUAGUUUACAAAUUGUAUUUUCAGGAAAUAUGCCCUUAGAUGCAUUUAAUACAGUACUUUAGUAAUGGACAUGUUAAGGUGAAAGCACAUAUAUUGGUAUAUGACAUUAUUAUGUUACUAAAUUACUAUUACUUGCUUGCUUAAGUUUUUUGGGAUUAAUGAUAUUCUUAGUGAGUCUCUGCUAUCAUAUAUCAUGUCAUUAUCAGCAGUUCCUACUGUAGGCAGCAGGGCUGUGAUGGGGAAAAGGUUCCAGUCCUUUCAAAUGAUAGUAACUCCUUGCAUGUUGUCAGAUAUCAGUGGCUGACAUGAGGUGC